AUGCCGUCGAAGAAGCUUGCCCCGGAGAAGGAACGGUUCAUCCAGGCGUGCGGCGACAUCUCCCUCGAGCUUGUCGCCCUGCUCAAGCUGAGCAAGGACAUCAACCUCAACGGGCUCAUCACCCGCUACGCCAAAAAGUACAAGUUGAAGCACCAGCCCCGCUUGACCGAUAUCAUCAACCUGAUCCCCGACCAACACAAAAAAUACUUGAUCCCCAAGCUUAAGGCGAAACCAGUGCGUACGGCGCUGGGCAUCGCCGUCGUCGCCGUGAUGUGCAAGCCCCACCGGUGUCCCCACAUUGCUUAUACGGGUAAUAUCUGUGUCUAUUGUCCCGGGGGGCCAGACCUGGACUUUGAAUACCUGACCCAGCUGUAUACUGGCUACGAACCGACGCUGAUGCGGGCGAUCCGGGCGCGUUACGACCCGUUUGAACAGGCCCGGGGUCGUGUCGAACAGUUGCGCCAAUUGGGCCAUUCCAUCGAUAAAGUGGAAUAUAUCAUCAUGGGAGGCACGUUCAUGUCAUUACCAAAAGACUAUCGUGAAGGGUUUAUCACUCAGCUCCAUAAUGCCCUCACCGGGUUCAACGGGACCGAUAUCGACGAGGCCAUCGAAUACUCGCAACAGUCGCAGACCAAAUGCGUGGGGAUCACCAUCGAGACUCGCCCCGAUUACUGUACCGAGACCCACUUGCUGGAUAUGCUUAAAUACGGGUGUACGCGGCUUGAGAUCGGGGUUCAGCUGGUAUACGAAGAUGUCGCUCGUGACACUAACCGGGGCCACACCGUUAAAGCCGUGUGCCAUACGUUUGCCGUGGCUAAAGACGCUGGCUAUAAAGUGGUCAGUCACAUGAUGCCUGAUUUGCCGAACGUGGGGAUGGAGCGGGACUUGGAACAGUUUAAAGAGUACUUUGAAAACCCCGAUUUCCGCACCGACGGGCUUAAAAUCUACCCGACAUUAGUGAUUAGAGGUACCGGGUUAUACGAAUUGUGGAAACAGGGCCUCUACCAGUCAUACAACGCCAACGCCCUCAUCGACUUGGUCGCCCGCAUCUUGGCGCUCGUCCCGCCGUGGACGCGGAUCUACCGUGUCCAGCGGGAUAUCCCCAUGCCCUUGGUCACCCUGGGGGUGGAAAACGGUAACUUGCGGGAGCUUGCGCUUGCGCGGAUGAAGGAUUUUGGCACCCAGUGUCGCGAUGUUAGAACGAGAGAAGUGGGGAUCCAGGAGGUCCACAACAAGGUGGUUCCCGACCAGGUGGAGCUUAUCCGCCGUGACUACUAUGCCAACGGCGGCUGGGAGACGUUUUUGUCGUAUGAAGACCCCAAACAGGACAUUUUGAUCGGGCUCUUGCGGUUGAGAAAAGCCACUAAAAAGUACACCUACCGCAAGGAAUUCACAAGCCAGCCGACACUGAUCGUGCGGGAAUUGCACGUGUACGGGCUGGUAGUUCCGUUACACCUGAGAGACCCGCGUAAGUUCCAGCACCAAGGGUUCGGUACCCUUUUGAUGGAAGAGGCGGCGCGGAUCGCUAAAUACGAACACGGCCUGGAGAAGAUCUCGGUCAUUUCUGGGGUCGGGGUGCGUAACUACUACGCCAAGUUGGGCUACGAGUUGGACGGGCCCUACAUGCUGAAGAAGCUCUAG